AUGAGCAGCCGCCGAGACCGCGAGCGCGACGUGCGUGAGCUCGCGCAGCUCCGCAUCGAGAACGAGGCCCUCCGCGGCCAAUACCAAAUGGUGCAGGACGAGCUGGUCCGCACCAGUGCCUGGGCCAGCCACUACCAGGCAGAGAGCGAGCAGAAGGACGGCA